AGCUCUUACGAAGUUUAGUGAAUAGCGCCCCUGGUGCGGUAAUUAUGCACUUUUGGUUUAGCAAUAUAUGUAAUGCUUUAGAAAUAGCUCGGCAAAGGUAACUUUUAUUGCCCUGAAAAGCAAUAUCAUGUCUACUACGCACAAGUAAGGGAUAGAAUAUCGAUGUGAUUUCAACUACACACGAAUGAGGGACGUUUGGAAUGUAUGGUUAGCUACCUCGAUACCACGGUUUGCCAGGUUUUCGUGCGCAUUAAACUUUCAUCAACAUAUACCGUACAUGCUUAACGAAGAGACAAUAACGCACCUUCGGGCAACUUCAACACGAUUAAAUAUUUAAUUAGACGCAUUGUUAAUCGGCCUAUAAACGUGAAAAUCUUACUAUGUUGUGAUGGACCAAGCUGGAUCACAUCCGUUCAUAUUGAUCGAAUUAUCACAUUACUCAAACAGUUUUAUCCGUUGUUUAAUUGUAUCAGAUUGGCAGAUUUUUUCGUAGUAAGGCAGGAAUGGAAAACUUUGCAGGUGAAAUCAUCAGAAGUAGCAAAAUUAAAAAAAAGCGGGACUGUCCCGCCUAAAGCGAGACGUAUGGUAAGCCUAUAAUAGGAAGCAAGAUUUGCUAGUUAUUUUUUAUCUCCGCCUUCUAAAAAACUAUUUUAUACAUUGGAAACUGAAAAUACUUGAGCAAUUUGUGAUCGUUAUGUAAAUUUUCGGGCAUGUGUGUCGUAAUCACAGCCCAAGCAUUUCGUCGACAAACAUUCAUACAUAUCUAUUUUUAUUCGAUGCCAUUCGUCGUACAUAAAAUAAAAUUCUAGCUAAAUUCGAAAUAUGCAAUAUGACAUUUUCUUGCUUAGAUGGUUAAGUACUUCUUUCAGAUUAUGAAUACUUUUGUCUAUGUAAAUCGAGGUAACCGUAACAGAAAUUUUUUUGCGUUUUGUUUGCUUGUGAAAGAAUCCCAAAAGAGCAAUUAAAAUAUAUGAACCAAAUGAAUGAAAUCUAGUGGCAUCGAAAUCAAGCUUAUAACUCGGAAGCAAUAUAUAUAUAUAUAUAUAUUUUUUCAUAUUAGUGUCGAUCUGUUUUUGGACACAUUGCAUUUUCCAACAUUAUGAAGUCAUCAUAUAGACACACAUUAAACAUGAUCGUGCGUAAAAUGUGGAAUAACAGGGAUGCUAUGCCAAUGAUUGCAGCAUUGUCAAAUACCAAUGACAAAAUGGAAUAUUCAAACACCACAUGCAUCUACAUUAUUCGAUAAAGAAAUUACAAUUGGUAUUGUGCUCUUCGAGUUUCAGGCUAAUAUUGUGUAUGCAUCCCAUCUCCAAGAUUAAUAUUUACAACACCACAUAUAUUUAUGUUGUCAUUACGUGAAAUAUAAACUUUCAAUUUAAUGCCACUAUCGCGUCGGCAUUCUUUAGCAGCCAUCAACAUAUAGCGUACAAUGCUGAACAAAGAGACAGUAACGCACAUUAGGGCAACUUCAGUACGAUUAAAUAUUUAUUUAUUCAGUUACACGGAUCGUUAACCCGACCCAUAAACGUUAAAGUCAAUGUUUGUCUUACGCGUAUAAGGACCCAGCUGGUAUCACAUACGUUUAUAUUAAUCGUAUUAUUAUAUUACUCUGACAGUUUAAAAGGUUUUUAGUUAUACCAGUUGACACAUUUUUUCGUAGUGAGGCAUGAAUGAAAAACUUUACAGGUAAAAUCAUCAGGUGUAGAAAAAUUCAUGUGUUCAUUUUUAUUCAAUACUGUUGUUUCGAACGGAAACGUCGAACGGGACUUCCACGUUUCGGCGAUUCUUAACGUUAGUUCAUUUCCUUCGAGAUCGAAUGUGUAAAUUUGAUAGCCGGCCUUCGUGUUGUUGGGGCUAACGAUGACGUUCUUUGCCGUUUUGUCGUGUGCAUGACCGCAUGGCGUCUGCCUGUCUAAGGCCGAGACUCGGGGGACCAGAUUCCGUCCGAUGUUUUAACAUUCUCCAGCUACCACAAUGUUCUAAUUUAUGUCAACUUCGGUAUUUAAAAGCAAUGAAAUGUGAAAUCUCAUUUCGCGAAAAACUGAUUUAAGCGCAUUGAUACAUCACAAUUUAUAUAGAUAACAGCAGGCACAUGAUGUCGGCUACCGUGCACCUCGCUUGUUAACGUUAAACAUUAUUGCCGUUGAAGCUUGGACCCGACAGUAAAAUGUUCGUCGUUUGCAAAUUGGAGACAGCAGCUAAUCAGAUUGCAUGGUGAGCUUGAAUUUCCCGAGUAUAACAAUCUUGCGUAAUAGGCCGUUGCUGUCUUAGUACAGAUGCUUGCAACUUAAUUGUAUAAAUAAGGGAUUUCUAGUCUUGUUAAAAUCAAGUCAAAAAAUCUAACCUUAAAUCUUGAUAUUGAUUCUUUGUCGCGGGGUUUAAUUGAAAAAUAACUCUAAAAUCCCAUUGUGGCCUAAUUAUCGAAACUCUAAAUUUAAAAGAACAAAGAAGCCACUAAAUCAACCUUGUUUUCACGAUUUGUUUACACCAAUAAUGUGUAAUGAUUUAGAAAGCUCUCGAUAUCUUUUACGCACUAUUAAGAGAUAGAACAGCUAGCAAUGAUUUCAACUACGAACGAGGAAGAGACAUUUGUAAUCUUAAGUACAUCUAUACCAGGUAGGUUUCCGUGCGCCUUAAGAUUGGUAUGUAGAUAACGCAAAAUAAUAAUAGAUUUUUUUUGCAAAACAUUCAGAAAUGAUUAAUAAAUAUGGAAUUGUUUACAUUAUUACUUUGUAUCUUUGUAUUGUUGUGUUUUGUAAUUAUUUAUAAUCUGAGAUGGUUUCUGGACUUUAUGAGAAGGUACAGGAAUUCUUGUGAAGCAACCAGAGACAUCGGGUGCGAAAAACCACACUGGUUACUUGGACAUCUUCGAAUAUUAAAACCCACUGAAGCAUCUUUCUUUUAUAUUAGCAAACUAACAAAAAUAUACCCUAAACUUUCCCCUCGAUGGCUGGGACCGUUCGUCGUAUAUCUAGAAUGCUAUCACCCGGAUUCUAUGAAGCCAAUUCUGGCUACAGAUGAACCAAAGGACGAGGUUGCAUAUCGAUUUCUUCGACCGUGGAUUGGCGAUGGCUUACUAACCAGUUCGGGACGUAAAUGGAAAAGAAAUAGACGUCUUCUGACACCGGCAUUUCACUUUGGAUGCCUCAAGCAAUAUAUGACAUGUAUAAACAACGCUGCCUCAAUAAUGCUGGGUAAAUGGGUUCAAAGGGCGAAUAAAGCUAUUUCGGUUGAAAUUUCCCACGAUGUUAGUUUGAUGACGCUUGACAAUAUUCUAAGAUGCAUUUUAUCAAAAGAUUCUGGAUGUCAACUCGACGAAAAUAACGAGUAUCUCAAAGCUGUAAAACUGUUAUCGGAAGUCGCCAUGAUACGACUUUUUAACCCUUUGUAUCAUCUUGAUUUUAUCUUUUACUUGACCCCAUUGGGACGAAGAUAUAAAAAAGCGUGUCAAGUAGCCCACGAUUACUCCGAACGUUCCAUAAACGAACGAAAAGUAGCAAUGGCUGAAUCAACAGGAACGCCACAUGUACGGGACUUUUUGGACACGCUUUUGAGCGCGAAAGACGAUGACGGAAUCGGCUUAUCCCACCGGGAAAUAUGUGAUGAGGUCAACACAUUUUUGUUUGAAGGCCACGACACAGUAUCUAGUGGUAUAUCAUGGGCAUUUUAUAACCUUGCAGCUAAUCUAAAGCACCAAGAGUUGUGCAGAAAAGAGGUGUUAGAAGUUCUUAAUGGAAGGAAGACAGUGGAGUGGGACGAUUUGCCAAAAUUUAAGUACUUGUCGAUGUGUAUAAAAGAAAGCAUGCGUCUCAAUCCGCCUGUAUUUAGUAUAGCAAGGACUACUUCGAAGUCUUUGUUUUGUCCCAGGGCGUUCGGAUCAGACCAGUACAAUACAGAUCGAAAACCGAAUUCGGGUUGUGAGGCAUCCAGAUUAUUACCAAAAGAUUUCAAUGUCAGCCUGGGAAUAAUUCUUUUGCAUAGAAACCCGCACAUUUGGAAGAAUCCUGAUAUGUUCGAUCCUGAGCGGUUUGAUCUGGAAAAUAUAGCUAGUCGAUCAUCGCAUGCUUACUUACCAUUUUCGUCUGGUCCCCGAAACUGCAUUGGGCAAAAUUUGGCAAUGAAUGAAAUGAAAGUCGUGUUGGCACUGGCACUCUCCCAGUUUUAUAUAACUGUAGAUGAGUUCUAUCCUAGACCAGAAUUUGAAAUGCAUGUCGUUUUGCGCCCCAAAAACGGAAUUCAUUUAAAACUGGACAAGAUUUUAAUAAUAAGUAUUCAGAUGGAAAUGUAUACAUUCUUACUUUGUAUCGUCGCGUUGAUGUUCUUCGUAUUUUUUUAUAAUCUGAGAUGGUUUCUGGACUUUAUGAGAAGGUACAGGAAUUCUUGUGAAGCAACCAGAGACAUCGGGUGCGAAAAACCACACUGGUUACUUGGACAUCUUCAGAAAUUAAAACCAACUGAGGCUUCAAUUUAUUAUGCUGCCAAACUAACGCAGAUAUACCCUAAACUUACUCUUCGAUGGUUUGGACCAUUUGUCGUAUAUUUAGAAUGUUAUCACCCGCACUCCAUAAAGCCAAUUCUGGCAACAGAUGAACCAAAGGACGAGGUUGCGUACCGAUUUCUUCGGCCAUGGAUUGGCGAUGGCUUACUCACAAGUUCGGGGCGUAAAUGGAAUAGAAAUAGACGUCUUCUGACGCCAGCAUUUAACUUUGGAGCCCUCAAUCAAUACAUGACGUGUAUAAACAGCUCUGUCUCAAUAAUGUUGGGUAAAUGGCUUAAAAAGGCGGUAAAAGGUACUUCGGUAGAAGUUUCUCACGAUGUUAGUUUGAUGACGCUUGACAAUAUUAUAAGGUGUAUUUUAUCAAAAGAUUCUGGUUGUCAACUCGACGAAAAUAACGAGUAUCUUAAAGCUGUAAAAUUGUUAUCGGAGGUCGCCAUGAUACGGCUUUUCAACCCUUUGUAUCAUAUUGACUUCAUUUUUUACUUGACCUCAUUGGGACGAAGAUAUAAAAAAGCGUGUCAAGUAGCCCACGAUUAUUCGGAACGUAGCAUAAACGAACGAAGAGCGGCAAUGGCUGAAUCAACAGAAACACCUCAAGUACGGGACUUUCUGGGUACGCUUUUGACCGCAAAAGAUGACAACGAAAUCGGCUUGUCCCACCAGGAAAUAUGUGAUGAGGUCAACACAUUUUUGUUUGGAGGCCACGACACUGUAUCUAUCGGUAUUUCGUGGGCAUUUUAUAAUCUUGCAACCAAUCUAAAGCACCAAGAGUUGUGUAGAAAAGAAGUGUUGGAAGUUCUUAACGGAAGGAAGACAGUGGAGUGGGACGAUUUGCCAAAAUUAAAGUACCUGACGAUGUGUAUAAAAGAAAGCCUGCGACUCAACCCGUCUGUAUUUAGUAUAGCUAGAAAAACUUCGAAGCCUCUGUUCUGUCCCAGGGCGUUCGGAUCAGAUCAGUACAAUACAGAUCCAAAAUCGAAUCCGGGUUGUGAAGCAUCCAGAUUAUUACCGAAAGAUUUUAAUGUAAGCCUGGGAAUAAUUCUUUUGCAUCGCAAUCCGCACAUUUGGAAGGAUCCAGAUACAUUUUAUCCUGAGCGAUUUAAUCCCGAAAAUAUAGCUAAUCGAUCAUCCCAUGCCUAUUUGCCGUUUUCGUCUGGUCCGCGAAACUGCAUGGGGAAAAAAUUGGCGAUGAACAUAAUGAAAGUCGUGUUGGCACUGGCACUCUCCCAAUUUAGAAUAACUGUAGAUGAGUUGUAUCCCAAACCAGAAUUUGAAUUGCAUCUCCUUCUGCGUCCUAAAAACGGAAUUCAUUUGAAACUGGAAAAAAUGACUAAUGUAUGAUAUAUACUGAGUAUUGAAAUGUAAUAUAGUUCAUUGCGAAAUAUACGUGACUAUAAUCCACAGUUCUCAACAGAAAUCAUGGCUGAUUACAAAAUUAGUUAUCUGUCUAUAUCUGCUCGUUGACUACUAUAUACAAUGGAGACCAAAAUAGCAAUUCGAGUUCGUUAGGUAUAUUUUUAUGCAUGCAUUUCGAAAUUGCAACCCAAGCAUUUCGUAUCAUAGACUGGUUAUAAAAUAUAUCAAUGCUUCUCUCUAGCAAAUGCAAAUUGAGAAAAAUUUUCUAUUACAAAUGCUGAAGUGACUAUCUUUAUAUUUGUUCAUUCAUGCGUGCCAUACUUUGUAAUGCAAUGAUAUAAUAUGCAAUAUACCCUUAUCACUAACUUCCAUACAUACUUACUGAAACUGCCUCUUUCCGUUAACCGAUUUUAUCACCUUAAAAGAAAUGGUUUCGUCCACGAUUUUACCAAUUGUGACUUCAUAAUAUCUUGCGCGCUUUUGCAAAUCGUUAUGCUUCUGAAACAUUGAUUCGACCUUUUCCGGAUUUCGGGAUUGCGAAUUUGCAGUUCAAGGUUUUAAAUGUCUUUUUGAUAUAAUUAUAAUUAACAAUAAUAUAUAAUCAACUAAAUAUACUGAACUGUUCCCCAUGGCGAUUGUUUGUAAGCUACAUUGUCAUUUUCGUGUUUAAGUUUAUUAAUUUUAUAUUUCGCCCGUAUAGUUUUUUUUGAAUGAUUAUUUUUGUUACCAGUCGUUAACUUUUAUUUUAAUGCGUUUUUAAUAAUUUAUUUUGGCAGUGGAUAUGACAAGUGUAAUUGGUGUAAUACAUCAUCAAUUAUAACA